AUUUUACAAGUGUGAAACGGGACAGGGCUUCCAGUGAAGGGUAUCUGUCAGGGAGAGAAUGUUGAAAGCACACCCGUCGUUACAUACAUUUUUGCCAUCAGAAUUUGGGGGUCAAUAUCAGUUCCACGGCUACAAUCUUUGAUACCUUUGAACCCAGCAUACCAAAAAGUAGGAAGCACCCAUGAUCCAACAAUUCCCAUCCGCCUCACUCACCACCUGGCCGCCAUCAUGCCCCUCUGCCGCUGCCGGGCAUUCUCAGCUCAAGAAAAAGAAGCACGCUAAGAGGGUGUUUCCGGGCGAUGUAGAUAUUCAGGUGACGCCGGGGGCGCGGGGUGGUCCUGGGAGAGAUGGUGGGCUUGGAGAGCGGAGAGGUGGUAUGACGGACGGGAGAGAGGUGAGGGGAAGACCGCAGUCAGCGCCGGUGAGGAGGGCGGCGUCGGCGAGGGAGUUGAGGAGUGCUGCAGAGAUGAUUCCGACGUUGAGACUCUUCUCCAUGUCCGAGCUCGCAAUGCGUCUCCCCACCCACACCAGCGAUGCCUACACCUCCAGGAAGCACCCAGCGCCACCGUCGCCUAUGCCCACGCCGCCCAAACGCUCCUCACGGCCCUCGACCGCCACCUCCGUGCGCUCCACACGGCUCGUCGCUCCCGCUGCACAACCAUCAGCAACAGCUUCGGUGUACGCGUCAAAUGUGUCGUUGGCGGGCGGGUACCCCCCCACGGCGCCGUCGUCACGCCCGUCGUCGGCGCGCACGGCCAGGGUUGCAGGUGGGGAGGAGGGUGGGCAGAGGGCGGGGAAUGCGCAGGCAAGGAAUGCGUGGUCGACUUGGCCGUACUUAUACAUUGAGCCCCUCUCCUCGACAGCCGCCCGCCUCGCCGACCCCGCCUCCCGCCUCACGCCCCCAGCCUGCACCCCACCAUCCACCAACUCCACCCCCGCCACCCCACCGCCACUCAUCUCCAACACCAACCCUCUUUCCUCGUCCGCCUCCUCAACCUCAUGCGAGAAUGAACCUGAAAACGAUAACGAGGAUGUCACAUAUACGCCCGUGAUGCCUUUUGCCGCCACUCCCAAACACGGUGUUGGUGAGGAUGGUGAUCCGGCAGCAGCAGCGGAGAGUGGGGGUGGGAAUGGGAGUGGGGUGGAUGUGUGGGGGCCGCGGAAUGGGGAGACUGUGGGGUAUAUGAGCGGGUCAAGGGAUGGUGGCGCGGGAAUGUGGGUGUAUCCGCCGCAUUUGUCGAUUUAUGAGGUGAGCGUUUCUCUUGGCUGAGGAUCUAUGGAAAACGGGGGGCAUGGGUGGGCCUGGUUGUAGGAAGGGAGCGCCGUCGCAAGGAGUGGCACAUUGCUGGAGUGGGCGAUGUCCCACCAAAGUGAUACUAUCCCACCCAUUCUCUUUUCGAUUCCCCCUCCCCCUAUGGGCACCACCGAUUACUUAUGAACCAGACGUCUCUGC